CUCUUGGUAUAUAAUUGAUGCUCUGUUGAUACAACUUGGCACAAUCAUAUUCAUAGCAAAUCACCACUAAAAAAACCCUUCAAAAUUUCCGAUUUUAGUGAUCACCUUUUUUCUGUGUUCUUGAAAGAAAAUAUAAAAAGUAAAGGAUGACUUGGCUAAUUGGAUUCAAAGGACCAUCAGGAUUCUCAGCUAAACACACAGCUGAAGAUGUUACCGAAGGAGUUGAUGGCAAGGGCUUAACUGCCAUUGUUACAGGACCAACAAGUGGUAUUGGUCUAGAAACUGCUCGUGUGCUAGCUUUGAGGGGCGUACAUGUAAUUAUGGCAGCCAGGAAUGUGGAAUCGGCUACUACAUGCAAGGAAAACAUUAUAAAAGGUUGCUCUAGUGCUACCAUAGAUGUUAUGCAACUCGAUGUUAGUUCACUAGAAUCCGUAAGAAAAUUUGCAAAGGAGUACAUUUCCAUGGGUCUACCCCUCAACAUCCUCAUUUGUAAUGCAGGGGUGAUGACUCCUCCAUUUGGCCUUUCUAAAGACGGAAUCGAGAGUCAGUUUGCAACAAACUAUGUUGGGCAUUUUCUUUUGACAAAUUUGUUGUUGGAUACGAUGAAAAAUACUGCACAAAAAUGCGGAAAUGAAGGAAGGAUAGUCAUCGUUUCAUCAAAACUUCAUAGUAUGAGUUACAAAGAGGGAAUUGUGUUUGACAAGCUAAAUGAUGAAAAAAGCUAUAGCAGUUUCUACGCUUAUGGGCAAUCAAAACUUGCUAACAUUUUGCAUGCUAAAGAGCUAGCUAGACGCCUCAAGGAAGAAGGGGCAAACAUAACUGUCAAUGCAUUACAUCCUGGAGUUAUUGCAACCAAUCUUUCACGUCACUCAACCUUUUCAGCUUGCUUUUAUGGAGUCUUCGGUAUCUUUCAAAAGAAUAUCCCACAGGGAGCUUCAACAACAUGCUAUGUUGCAUUGAACCCAAAGGUGAAAGGGGUGAGUGGUGAGUAUUUUGCAGGCAAUAAUGUGGAUAAACCCAGCAGUCAGGCUUGCGAUGCUGAGCUGGCCAAGAAGCUAUGGGAAUGUGGUAUGGAGUUGACCGGUUCAAAGUGAUUCAUGAGAGUUUAGAAAUUCAGUGAACACUAUUGGUAACAUAAUUUGUGUUUUGAUUAUUUUGUAUGAUUUUUCCUUGUGAAUAUAGUGUAUGAUUGUACGGUUGUUGUAUAUUGUAUUUCUUUUUUACAACCAGGGUGUGGUGUGAAUUUUUUAUUUAAUUAGAUGUAAUAUUGUAUUUGAAAUGUAUAAAAAAUAGUUGGGGAGUUUUAUGUAAAAGUAUAGUGAAAAUCAAAUACGUCAUA